CACCUAUUGUCCAUGACAAGAAAGCGUUUCCAUCAUGUUACAGGCGAGGUGACAGCUUAUGUUCAUUUCUUUUAAAUAGGGACUUUUUUAAAUGUUAUAUACUGAAUAGAGGAUAGCAGAUUAUUUUUACCCCCUUAGAAACCAUAUGUGACUUCUCACAUUUGGUUGUUACAUAUUAUUACAAAAAAAAUUAGUCCUCAUAUGUGUCAGCACUGUUAGAGCUGAGGACAAUAGUAAGUGUGCUCAAAUGUGUCACUCUUUGCAUUCUUCAUUGUGUGGACUUUCAUGCAGGCUAGUAGGCUAAUUAUUUAUGUGCUGAUAUUAAGCAAUUGAUUAUAUUUUCACCUCAGCAACCCGUGUAAUCCCUAAAGACAACAUUGUAUGCAAACAUAAGGAGUGCCAUUGUUAUCAGCUUGUGCUUAAACAGAAUAAAAUCAUAAUCCAGCGAGAUUUUAUAGUGUUGAAAAUGUCUUUCCUAUGAAAACAUGAUGUCGUAAAUCAGGUUUGUGUCUGUUUCUGGCUGUCGGUCUGUUAAAUAUGAACCCUAAUCCAGUCAUAUUGUGAUUGUUUGGUCGUGUUUUAUCCAACGAUAAAAACAAUCUAACUCAAUAUUGUGAGUCAUCAUGUAGCUGCACAUCAGUCAGUGGGCUGGUGUCACCGUGUCAUGUGACUUUACUGAACAGGCAGCGAUGGAGAAAAGCUAGGAAGGAACGUGCCCUGGCAGUGGCUUCCUCUCUCUACCCAGAGUGCUUGUGUAAUGGCAGCAGUUUGGCAGCAGGUUUUGGCAGUGGACGCAAGGUACAAUGCUUACCGCACGCCUACCUUCCCACAGUUCCGAACUCAGUACAUCCGCCGACGCAGCCAGCUGCUCAGAGAGAACGCCAAGUGUGGCUUUGAGCCGGGGCUGCGCAGGCAGUACCUGAGGCUGCGCAGUCAGCUGCUGGCCCUGCGCUAUGGGCCCCUGUCUGAGCAGAGCAGCUUCAGGGCCAGCAGUGUGCGCAGCUCCCGCACCACACUGGACCGCAUGGAGGACUUCGAGGAGGACCCCCGCGCCCAAGGGGCUCGUGGUCACCGCCGGUCCGUCAGCAGAGGCUCCUACCAGCUACAGGCCCAGAUGAACAGAGCUGUCUAUGAUGAGAGGCCUCCGGGCAGUUUGGUGCCCACCUCAGUGGCAGAGGCCAGUCGUGCAAUGGCCGGGGACACAACUUUGAGUGAAAAUUAUGCUUUUGCUGGAAUGCACCACAUAUUUGACCAACAUGUAGACUCUGCUGUUCCACGUUUGCAGUUUGCCAAUGAUGACAAGCACCUCCUUGCUUGCUGCUCACUGGAUGGCACCCUGUCCAUCAUGACGUUGUCCCCGCCUCCUGCCAGCGUGAAGGUGACUCUGAAAGGUCACGGUGGUCCGGUCACAGACUUUGCUUGGUCCCUCAGCAAUGACAUCAUCGUGUCGACAUCACUAGAUGGGACUCUGCGUAUCUGGAACACCGAGGAUGGUCGAUGCAUACGAGAGGUCAGAGACCCAGAAUCCAGCGAGUUGCUCUGCUGCACCUUCCAGCCCAUGAAUAAUAACCUUACUGUGGUGGGGAACAGCAAGCACCACCUGCAGGUGGUGAACAUCUCCACUGGGAAGAAGGUGAAGGGGGGCUCCAGUAAGCUGACAGGCCGUGUACUGUCUCUCUCCUUUGAUGCUCCGGGGAGGAUCCUUUGGGCUGGUGAUGACAGGGGGAGCAUCUUCUCCUUCCUCUUUGACAUGGCCACAGGGAAGCUGACCAAAGCCAAGCGUCUGGUGGUGAGUGAAGGCAGCUCCAUCUGCAGCAUAUCUGCUCGGUCCUGGAUUAGCCGAGAGGCCAGAGACCCCUCCCUGCUGGUCAACGCCUGUGUCAAUAAGCUUCUGCUGUACAGGGUGGUAGAUAAUGAAGGCACACUACAGCUGAAGAGGAGUUUCCCCAUCCAGCACGGUUCCCAGCUCGUUCAUAGCAUCUUCUGUCCCCUCAUGUCUUUCAGACAGGGAGCUUGUGUUGUGACCGGCAGCGAGGACGCCUGUGUCUACUUCUUCGACGUCGAACGCAACACCAAGGCGAUAGUGAACAAGUUACAGGGUCACGGGGGACCAGUUCUGGAUGUCAGCUUCAAUUGUGACGAGAGUUUACUGGCCUCAGCUGAUUCCACAGGCAUGGUCAUCAUCUGGAGGCGGGAGCAAAAGUGACUGAUCCACCAAUAAAAUGCUUCCAUCCAACUGCAUACAAAAGGCCUGCCGCUCCUUAACCGUCCAAUAACAACGUCUGUAGAUUUUCACCGGGAUGUAACAGGCUGCGUUAAACGUUUAAUGUAAUGAUACUCAAGUGCAAUCAGUACACCAUGUUGUGUAGGUGGCUGGGAUUUCUUAAUUCAAGGGGUUUGGGGGGGCGGGUUAUGUGUGUAUGUGUCAGUACUCCUACAGCUGCAGCUGAGGAAAUUGCUUUUCAACACAAAAAGAAAGAGCACUACUCCCAUGCAUGUGUCAUGGCUUACCUACUUGUAGGGGGUAUGACUGAAUUCAUGUGAAGAGGAUACGAUGCAAUCUUCCAGAGAAACCAGUUCCAUCACUUUGUAUCACACUGACAGUCCCUCUGGCAUAGAUCUAGUUCACUAUUUAUGUAACUGUUAUUCAAGCAGCGUAAUCAAGUGUAGUAAAAAACCGCCUUAUUUGAUUUCAGUUCUGCAGUCGCCUGUUUUUAAUUUGAGACCAUGUGCAUGAUGUUGAACUCAGAAUCGGUCAGUCGGCAUAUCAAGCUGAUCAUCGCAAAAGAUAAACAAGUGUGUUUUUAAGUAUGUUUGUACUUAUUUGUAUGUGUGUGUGUGUGUGUGUGUGUGUGUGUGUAUGUGUGUGUAUUCAGUUCAUGCUGGUUGCUUAUUCAUAUAAUUUAUUUAACGCACAUGUAUACAGAAUAAAACUACUGUAACUGUCA